CAGUUCGCGCGCGCGAUACAGCCGCACGCGUAGCUGCGAUGGGUUUCUUCAGCUCCAGCGUCGUCCCGCCGCUGCUCGUGCUCCUCGGCCUGCUGUGCGGCGGCGCGGUCUCGUCCUCGCCGCCGCCGGAGAUGCUGCACGGGAGCUACGCGGGCAAGUCGGAGUUCAGGACGGUGAACCGGAAGGAGCUCCAGUCGUGCCUCAACCCGAGCCCGUACCUGGCGAUCAAUGUCAGCACCGGCGGGGCGCCGCUCCCCGACGAGGCCUUCGUCAAGGUCACCGUCGCCGGUGUCCUCAGGCCCGACGCCUCCGACUGGGUCGCCAUGAUCACGCCUUCCAACUCCAGAAGGUUCACUGAUGCGUGCACGCGCAGCGUCUCUGGGUGUCCUCUGAGUGGCGUGAACUACGUGGAGACCGGUGACCUGGCGAAUCUCCCGCUUCUGUGCCACUACCCUGUCAAGGCCCAGUACCUGACAAGCGACCCCGGCUACAUGGGCUGCAAGAACGCCGGCUGCGGGAAGCGCAGCGUGGCCGGCGCCUGCAAGGCCCGGACCUGCGCCGCCACGCUCACCUUCCACGUCGUCAACUUCCGCACCGACGUCGAGUUCGUGCUCUUCUCCGGCGGCUUCAAGACGCCGUGCCUCCUCAAGCGCUCCGGCGCGCUCCGGUUCGCCAACCCCGCCAGCCCGCUCUACGGCCACCUCUCCAGCACCGACUCCAAGGCCACCUCGAUGAGGCUUACAUGGGUGAGCGGAGACGGGAAUCCGCAGCAAGUUCAGUACGGAGACGGGAAGUCCUCUACUUCUGAAGUUGCAACCUUCACGCAGGAUGAUAUGUGCAGUAUCUCCGUGUUGCCGAGCCCUGCCAAGGAUUUCGGGUGGCAUGACCCCGGCUACAUCCAUUCGGUCAUCAUGACUGGGCUCCAGCCCUCUCAAUCCUACACCUACCGCUAUGGAAGUGAUUCUGUGGGUUGGAGUGACACGAUCAAAUUCAGAACUCCACCAGCUGCAGGUUCAGAUGAGCUAUCCUUUGUGAUCUAUGGUGAUAUGGGAAAGGCUCCGCUGGAUCCAUCUGUGGAACACUACAUUCAGCCUGGAUCGAUUUCUGUGGCCAAGGCAGUGGCUAAAGAGAUCCAAACAGGAAAGGUCGACUCCAUCUUCCAUAUAGGAGACAUCAGCUAUGCUACGGGUUUCCUGGUGGAAUGGGACUUCUUCCUUCACCUAAUCACGCCACUUGCUUCUCAAGUUUCCUACAUGACCGCCAUUGGCAAUCACGAAAGGGAUUACGCGAACUCUGCAUCUGUGUAUGUGACUCCUGAUUCAGGUGGUGAAUGUGGAGUCGCCUACGAGUCAUACUUCCCCAUGCCUGCUGUCAGUAAGGACAAGCCAUGGUAUUCGAUCAAACAAGGGAGCGUUCACUUCAUUGUGAUGUCUACCGAGCAUGAGUGGUCAGAGAAGUCAGAGCAGUACAAUUGGAUGGACGAAGAUUUGUCAUCGAUUGAUAGAUCAAGAACACCAUGGGUAAUCUUCAUUGGGCAUAGACCGAUGUAUUCCUCCCAUGGCGGUAUACUGCCCAAUGUGGAUUCCAACUUUGUUGCGUCUGUUGAGCCACUCCUGCUCAACUACCAGGUGGAUUUGGUUUUCUUCGGACAUGUACACAACUAUGAGAGGACCUGUGCAGUAUACCAGGGAAACUGCAAUGGCAUUCCAACAAAGGAUGCAAACGGAAUUGACGUCUAUGACAACAGCAACUAUACCGCACCAGUUCAUGCUAUUGUUGGAGCAGGAGGGUUCAGCUUGGAUAACUUCCCUAACAAUGGGGAGACCUGGAGCUUAUCGAGGGUUUCAGAGUUCGGCUAUGCCAGGGUUCAUGCCACAAGAGCCGACAUGCUUGUUCAGUUUGUAAACUCAAGUACGAUGGAAGUCCGGGACCAAUUUAGGAUUGUGAAGGGAUCUUCAGCAAAGAAGACCCCGAGCCUGAUAAUUCAACAAUAGCUGCAGCAAAGAAAACUUGUUUAUUUUUUUUUAUACUGUAAAUAGUUGCUGAAUCACACAUUACUACGCUAGUGUAUAUUAUUCUACAUAUACACGUGUACAAUGACAAUAGACGUCCCUUUUCAUAUUAGUUCCUUAUUGUUAUGUUGAAACAGUCAAUAGCCUUGCACAAAUUGUGCUGCAGUAUAUCUUGGACAA